GUUUCCUGCAUCCACCUCACCACAACUGCAACGACAAACACUCGAAUAGAUAGCUCAGCCGUUCUGAAAUGACUCUACCGGAGAACAUUGGAGAUGACGCAGCUGGGAGGCUGCAAGCAUUGCAGCUGACUGACAUCGUGGCCCUUCCAUUCUGUGUGAAAGCCGCUGUCCUUUUAGGAGUACCCAAAAUUUUGGUGGAUGCAGGUCCUGGAACUGGUCUCACAGUUGAAGAGAUUGCGGCGGCCAUCUCCAAGCUCUCGAAUUGCUGUGCAGAUCCCGCAAAUUUGGAUCGCAUCCUAAGAGUUUUGGCAUCGUUCAACGUCGUGACGGAAACUUUAUCGAAGAAUGUCAAUGACUCUGACUCGCCUCAGAGGCGUUAUGGAUCCACUUCUACUCUCAAGUACUUCACCGAUAACAAAGAUGGAGUUUCAAUGGCUCCACUUCUUCUUAUGGUCACUGAUCCCAUUUUCCUAGCACCCUACCAAUGCCUUCACUUGCCAGUUCUGGAUGCAAAAUCGGAGCCCCACGUGGUUGUUCAUGGGAAGAACUGUUUUGAUUACUAUGCAACAGAUGCUAGAUUUCAAACGGUGUUUGACAAAGCCAUGCACGAUCAUUCACACAUUGCAAUGUCGGCGCUGCUGGAGAAGUACCGAGGCUUUGAAACCUUGACAUCAUUAGUCGAUGUGGGCGGUGGGUUAGGUGCUAGUUUGGCCAUGAUUCUGUCCAAAUAUCCGAAUCUACGCGGAAUCAAUUUCGACCAGCCACAUGUUGUAGCUGAAGGGCUGAAAGUGCCGAAUUUGGAACACGUUGGUGGAAGUUUCUUCGAGAGCGUGCCUGAAGCCGAUGCUGUGUUCAUGAAGUGGAUUCUGCAUGAUUGGGAUGACGAACGAUGUUUAAAGAUACUGGAAAACAUCUACAGAGCUUUACCUCCUCAUGGCAAGCUCCUCAACCUCGACGCACUGCUGUCAGAUGUCUCAGAUCCAUCCCCCGCAACCAAGGUCUCCUUGUGCGCAGAUAUCGCCAUGCUGGCAUGCACUCCAAAGGGAAGGGAACGUACACUGUCCGAGUUCAAACAGCUUGCAGCUGAUGCCGGAUUCAAAAGAGUUGAAGUUGUCGCACAAGUCGAUCAUUUGUCACUUCUGGAAUGCUACAAGAACUAGUUAUCGCUGUCUCAACUCAGACUUCAUUGAUAAUAGGAACUGCUCUUAGCCAUAAAUCAACAAUGUGCCAAUCCUGAUCUAGGCAUUGUCCCUCUAUACAAGCUGCCACUGUAAACGUCCGUAGGUUUAGUUAUUGCAGGUACAUACGUAUAGCUGGUAGCAAGUCUAAGAGACCUCGUACUGAGGUCUGGGGUAGCGACUCUAAUCGCGAUGUGGCUGUUGUAAAUCAAUUUAUUUACCAAUAAAA